AUGGCGUCACUCUGCAGAAUCCCUAGACGCCUCCUCUCUCUCGCCCGUUUCUCCACCCUCUCUGACCCAUUUACCACCUUCCUUGCCGCCAAAUCCGCCGUAGAGUCCGAGCCCGACCCAGAAAAGCUCGCCCACAUCUUCCACCACCAAUCCUCCAACUUCGCCCGCUUCCGCCGCCACCGCCCCCUCUACCAACUCUCCUGCCGCCGCCUCUCCAGGUCUGGCCGCCUCGACCUCGUCGAGCGCCUCAUCGACCACCAGAAAACCCUACCCCACCCCCGUACCGAAGGCUUCUGGAUACGCCUCAUCAUGCUCUACUCCACCUCCGGCAUGGUCGACCACGCCCUCCGUACAUUUCACCAAAUGGUUCAAGAUCGUGUCCAAUUGACCGAGAAAUCGCUCUGUGCGAUUCUCACAGUUUAUUUAGACAAUGAUUUGAUUGACCAAUUGCAUACGGUUUUCAACACCAUGCCCUCGGAGAUUGGUGUUUCUCCAGGAACGAAGUCGUAUAGUUUGGUUCUGAAGGCAUUUUGCCAACAGAAGGAUAUGGAAUCCGCUCGAAAGUUGCUUCAUAAGAUGGAAAAUCCGGAUAUUGGAUCGUAUAAUGUGCUGCUAGAGGCUUAUUCGGAGAAUGGAGAUGGGGUUGAAUUCGAUGAGAUUCUGAAGGAGAUUAAGAAUAAAGGUUUGGAGCAUGACUGCACCACUUACAAUCAUAGGAUUUUGAGGUUUUGCAAGAAUAAGGAGUCUGUUCGGGCCAAAAAGCUGUUGGAUGAGAUGGUAGCCAAGGGAGUGAAGCCGAAUUCGGCUAGUUAUAAUAUGAUUAUUCAUGGGUUUUGCAAGGUGGGGGAUUUUGAAUCAGCGCAGAAGGUUUUGGGGAGAAUGUUGGCGGAUGGAUAUGUUGCUCCCUGUUCGAUUUCUUAUAUUACUUUGUUUCAGCAUAUGGUUAAGGAGGGAGAGUUUGAUUCAGCAUUGAAUAUGUGCAAGGAGAUUAUAAGGAGGAAAUGGGUUCCUCCAUUUGAGGCCAUGGAUGGUCUGGUUAAGGGGUUGGUGGAAAUUUCGAAAGUGGAGGCUGCAAAAGAAGUCGUUGAGAAGAUGAAGAAGAGGCUUAAAGGGAAUGCUGCGGAUUCUUGGAAAACGCAUGAAGCUGCACUGCCUUUGUAG